UUGGAGCUUUGGCUUACGAAAUUGUUGGCUUGCGCUCGGCCUCGGAGCCUUGGGCGGGGAGCACGGCCGGAGGGAAUCUCUCGUGAGCUGCGGGUGCGCGCGGCUGACUGUGCGGUGCCGAGUGGUGGAGACCCACGCGUCAGUUCCGGCGCCUCGGGCUUCAUACUAAUCCGCUCUCGCCGGUGCCGCUGGGAUCGCUGGGUUUUUUUUACGGUUCGAGGCUGAUCCGCGCGCGUGGUUUUCAGCGAAAGCUUAGCCGCUUUCCUCUUCGGGGCUGCGCGACGGCCGCGCGUAAACCUCGCCGGCUUCCUCUACCGGACGCUGUAAUUCCCAUCCCAGCCGCCUCUUUCGCCGCUGCUUGCCCUGCAACUGCCAAGUUUCGUGCUUUAAUCUCGUGGGCUUCCCAUGCUCAACGCCGUGCUUGGUUUUUGCUUCCUCCCUGGAGAUUCCACCGUCCAAUUCGCCCGUUUUCUGACCUCGUGGCUUUGCCUACGGAACGAAAAGAGGAUUGCGGCAGCAUGAGGCGCGUCAUGAGAUGGCUCAAGCAUCUACUGACGGGCAGGAAGGAAGAGCACAAAGGACUCGAGGCGAACCAUGCCGCUAGCGAUUGGAGCGACGGGGCGGAGCAGAAGAAGAGGUGGAGCUUCGCGAAGCGUAGGAAGAGCGGAGCUGACGGCGGCGCGCGUCAGCCUGCCGUAGCAGCUGCCACAGCCGAGUCACGACUGGUGAGGCUAGAGGAGGAUGUGAGGGCUACAGAGGAGAAGGCCGCCGUCGUGAUCCAGAAAACCUUCAGAGGCUACCUGGCUAGGAGAGCGCUUCGAGCGCUCCGGUCGCUCGUCAAGAUCCAGGCGCUGGUGCGGGGCUACCUGGUGAGGAAGCAGGCGGCCAUGACGCUGCACAGAUUGCAGACGCUCAUGCGGCUGCAGGCUGACUCCAUCGCCGUCAAGAAUGCUUCGUACCGGAAAUCCGUGGAACAAGAGAGGAUCUUCGCUCAGGAAGUCCGGAUGAAGCCGCCGUCGACGCCGGCCCACCGGCGGAGGCUGUCCGACAGCACGGAAUCCAACUACGAGCGCAGCCCGCGGAUCGUGGAGAUGGACACGUGCCACCUCCGCUCCCGAUCCUCCCGGAUGACCAGCCGGUACAACCCGGACCACCCGUCCGAGUACUCCCGCCUCGCGGCGCCGACGCCGUCGUGCUCGCCGCUGCCCGGCGGCAAGCAGCAGCCGGCGCGGCUCUCAUUCGGACGGAGCGCCGGCCACGAGCGCGACCCCCGGGGCUCCAAGACGGCGCAGAACACGACCCGGUUCGCGCCGUCCCACGACUCCUCGCCCGCCAAUAGCGUCGAGCACAGCCUGGCCAGCAGCCGCACGCCGCUGCGCGCCUCGCAGCGGGACCGGGACGCGCUCGUCAGCCCGCGGUACAUGGCCGGCACCGCGUCCUCCGCUGCGCGGACGCGGUGCCACAGCGCGCCCAGGCAGCGGCUGACGACGCUGCCGCCGGCCGAGGCGCCGGGGGCGAGCGUGGCGGCACGGGCCGGGACGUCGAGGAGGCCGUGCUCGCAUGCGCGCGGCGGCGGGCUCUGCUCGCAGUGCUCGGACGCGGCCCGGACGCCCGACUGCUCCGUGAUCAGCGUCAGCGAUGAGGUGGCCAGAGACUACUACCUGGACAGCUUCUGGUGAUCACACGAUCGACGUGAUGCAAAGCUGCUGUUUGUGUUCAGAUUGUAGUCAAGUUUAUCCAGAUUUGUACAUAGUUCUAGUAGAUGAUAAAGCAUCUAGCAGGCCAACACGGAUCGGGAAGGAGGAACGAAGUUUUUCUUCUUGUGCAAAGUUUUUUUUUUUUUCAUAAUCUCCUGAAGAAAAAGAGAACACGAGACAUGAACUGUAUAGUGGCUAACUAGUUGCCAGCGCCCAGAGUUUUAAAGGAAAUUUACUGUGGCUAAUUAGUGGUUUUA